AUGACUGUGGAGGAAUUAAGCGAUGAAAUCAGUGCUAUUGACGCCAUUUUCCCGGGCUCUCUUACUUCAAUAGCUCCUCAGAUACACAACUUUUCUGUUCCUGAACAUGAAGAAAUAGCCGUACAACUAUCGUUUCCAGAGCUGUAUCCAGAUGAGACUCCUAACCUCAUCCAAGUGAUAAAUAGUAACCCGUUGUCAUAUACUGAUACCAAUUAUUUGGAGAGUAAUGUCCAGGAGCUCAUAUCGCAGGUGUUCACUCCUGGAGAAGUAUGCAUGUUUGAGCUCAUCACUGAAUUACAAUUGUUUUUGGAGAAAUAUGAAGAGGAGCGCGAGGAAAUGCAAAGAGUGUCCAAGGAAGUCAAUUCCUCGAAGUCUAUAAAUCCCACCAAGAAUCCUUUGGAAGGUUGGCACCAAGCGGAACCAAUUGUAGAUAGAAAUUCGACAUUCAUAGGAUUCGCCAGACAAGUUCAUUCAUUGGAAGAGGCGCAUUCCUAUUUAGACCUAUUAACUACUGAUCGUAAGAUUGCUAGAGCAACGCAUAAUAUCAGCAGUUGGCGUAUACGACUGGACAACGGAGUCCAGUUUCAGGAUUGUGACGAUGAUGGAGAAACGGCUGCAGGAAGUCGCUUGUUACAUUUAUUAACCAUGAUGGACGUAUGGAACGUCAUAGUGGUAGUCAGUAGAUGGUAUGGAGGAAUCCAACUAGGACCUGAUCGGUUUAAGCAUAUUAAUUCUGCAGCCAGAGAAGCAGUAAUCAGAAGCGGUCUCACAUAUCUCGAUGCAAAUGAAAGUACUAGUAAUACACAUAGAAGAAAGAAGAAGUAA